AUGCCGCUGCGUUCCCUCUACCCUGAGGAUGACGAUGAGGGGAUUCGUGCGACCCUUCGGGCGGCAUUCAACCGCUUGAAGGAGCUUGAGGAGUUCUGCUCUGUUCGAGAUGAGCUAUAUUGCAGCACAGUUGAAGGGGGAUCUGAGCCAGCUGUAUGGUCAAGUUGGCCACGGCUUCGACGUCUCGCAUUGUACAACCCAGACGUGUCAUCAGCUGAGUUCAUGGACGGCCUCCAGCGAUGUCAAAACUUGACCCAUCUUGUCCUCACUCGGGCGGACGGCUUGAGGGAGCCUCUUCCUUACGAUCCGUCUAAUAUCCGCCAACUCCCACCUUUGAAGCGAGUCGUGAUCAUAAACUCUGAUGGGACCGACCAGUCAAAUAUAGCUCUCCAACUCCCACUAGGGCAUAGAGGCUUCUUAAGCCAGCUGUGGCUGUCUCGGCAGGUCCGUACUGCUGAAUCUGUCAACGAAGCCACCGAAUCGGAGCCAUUGUUCGUAUAUCAUUCUGUUCCUGUGCCACCAGAUCGAAGUGGAGAUGAUAUAGAGCUGUGCCAGGACUGGGUCCGCGAGCAUGUCCUGGAUGGGACGUUGUGGGAUGUUUCAGGGAUUCCUUUUCCGGCGAUAGAAACGUAG